GAGCUGACCUGGUGAGAAUGAUGUCAUCGAAUGAGGAGAGAGGCGAUCAUCCAAAAAGUGAUGGACGAGUGAAGCUCAACAUCGGUGGCACUAUUUUUGAGACAACCAUCUCCACCUUGACAAGACUGGAUAAUACUGUGCUUUCCACCAUGGUCGCGGAUCGUUGGCACAAUCAAGAGGAAUUGUUUGUGGAUCGAAGUCCAACUCACUUCGGAAAAAUACUGGACUACUUGAGGGAUGGGGGAAACAUGGUUCUUCCUGCAGAUCUUGAAGCUCGAGAAAGCCUCCGAAAGGAAGCUGAGUUUUAUAAUCUGCCUGAGCUUGCCAAGUUGUGCCUGCCUGGUCUGCAUGUAAACGACUGGGUGCAGUGGAAGGAAAAGGCAAUUGAAGCAUAUUGGGCAUUUUGUGGCAGGUACGAACGCUUCUGCUUUCGUGAGAAAGCAUACCCCUGCGAAAUUUGCGGAUCCCAAGUGGGAGUUCGUGUGUUGUCGAGAUCUUAUUGUAAACUCACCACUUCACAAAACGAUGAAGAAUUUGUGUUCGUGAAGCAUGAAAUGCAAUUCAUGAAAGGCACUGUGACGGAGAUACUGAACUACUUGAGAGAUGGAAACAAUUUUGUUCUUUCUGCGGAUCUUGAAGCUCGAGAGAGCCUCCGAAGCGAAGCUGAGUUCUACAAUCUUCCUGGCCUUGCCGAAUUGUGCUCCCCGGGUUUUCAUGCGGGUGAUUGCGUGCAGUGGAAUGAGGCCGCUAUAGAAGCAUAUUGGAAAUUUAUCGCUAGGGCACUGGAUGAAUCUGCUGGAGGUUUCGAGUGUGGUUGCAAGGAGACCCCCUUCAGCCUGAAUCGUAUAGCGCUUCGUCUCGACAUUAGAGCAAACAGCUACGAAGGGUGGACUCAUGUAAAGCACGAAAUGCAAUUCAUGAAAGGAUUUGUGACGCAGCUCGAUUCAAAGACUUGCUGCACUGUAGAAUGGAACGUUGGAUGGCGCACACAUCUUACACAACCUGCACUGCGGCUGGCAAGACUGUCAUUUGCUCGUUCACAAGCACAACAUCUGCGCCGUUUCCAUGACUCAUUCGUCGAUUUCCAUCAGCUCCAGGCGGCCGUCAACAUGGGAGACAAAAUCCUAUCUCCCAAAUACACGCGCGUGAAAAUCAACGUUGGCGGUACAGUUUUUGAGACCUACCUUUCCACUCUCACAAAAGUGAAUGAAAGUGUGCUCUCCGCUAUGGUGGCCGAGGAAAUGCAAAAUGGAGACGAACUGUUCAUAGAUAGGAAUCCCCUGCUUUUUGCCAAAGUAUUGGAUUAUCUACGAGAUGACGAGCGUUUUGUUCCUCCAUCUGACGAUGAUGCCAAAGAAGCACUUAGGAGAGAAGCUGAGUUCUAUAAUCUGCCCGAGCUUGUCAACAAGUGCUUGCCCGAAGAAUUUCGUACUGGUGUUCAAGUAAAAUGGAAGGAAAGCGCUAUCGAAUCGUACUGGAAGGGUUCUCGCCAUAGAGAAGAAGAGCUUCCCGCAUGUGGCGAGCGUGUGCAAAUCAAUGUUGGUGGAACAAUUUUUGAGACAUAUCUUUCUACUCUUACAAGAUUUGAUAAAAGUGUGCUCUCGGUCAUGGUUGCUAGUCGUUGGCGAAACCAGAAAGAAAUUUUUGUAGACAGGAAUCCAAAGCAUUUUGCGAAAGUACUGGAUUAUCUGCGAAGCAGCAAAAAUUUUGCAGCUCCACUGGAUGAUGAAGCUCGGGAAGAGCUUCGAGAAGAGGCUGAAUUCUAUAACCUGCCUGGCCUUGUUGAAAUGUGCUCGCCUGAAGUUUUCCGCGUCGGAGACAGUGUGCAAUGGAAGCAAAGUGUCGUCGAAGAUUUCUGUCAGUCCUUCGCAACGUACUGGCUUUCAAAAGAUCAUGCCUUCGUAUGCCCCCUCUGCGAUGUUCCCCCUGAAAAAUGUAUUGGUAGAACGUAUACCCGUACUGAUUCCUUUUUUGUGAGCUAUGUAUAUUUACUAGAUGUAAAGCAACAUAUGUCAUCGGCCAGAGGUACUAUUCUUUCUCUCGAUGGCACAUUGUGCGAGGUGAAGUGGGAAAUGUGGGUAACUCAUCUUCCACAAUCUGCGCUGCGCCUGGUGAAAAAGUAGCUUGCUCAGAAGGAUUUUCUCUUCUUGUUUUUCUACAGAGCUGUAACAGGCUUAUCAGUGGGAUUGUAGUUUCUUUUGCGGAAAGUCUUGGAUAUGUAUCUGUAUCUGCGUGCUCUUACACUCUCUCGUAAAUCGUUCAGCC